GAGGACAACAAACAUCUUUGCCUCUUCGGCUUCGCCGCGGCGUUUGCGGGGCUAGCGUGGGACCCGAGUGCUGUUGUGGGCGAAGAUGCGGUGUUGACCGGUACUACAACCGGAGGCACGGAAGUUCACGAGCCGCCUCGUCUUGAGUACGAGCUCGGGGGAAGUAGCGUAGAUUUUGGUCCAUCCGGAGAAAUAGAAGGAAGCCCAAACAACCAGUCGCCGAUGCAAUCAGUUCUGGCUUUGGGCGAGAGGCUCGUGCGAUUGCAGGAUCCGGA